GGGGAGGCUGCGGUGAAUUUAAUUCUUUCCCUCGUUGUUGACAAUAGUGUUGCCGACAGGGUCGGCUUUUAGAAAAGAGAUCUUGUAAAAAUUUGUGUUAGUUUAUGCGGUACCUUGGACCUUUCGUUUUAUUUUAUUUUGCCCCGCCUCAUAUACAUUGGACUCUUUGAAGGGGGUUUUGCGGCCGAGGACGCUUUUUGAACAAAGGAAACCAUGUCUGAAGGUCAGGCUGAGGAAACCCGGCUAUGCGCCAACUGCAAACGUGACAUUCCUGCAACAAACUUCACCAUCCAUGAAAUCCACUGUAGAAGGAACAUUGAUCUUUGCAGAUAUUGUAAUGAACCUUUUCCCAAAUCGGAGAUGGAAGAACACUUUCAAACAGAACAUGCACUGGUUGACUGCAAGUGCAACAUGAAGAUGGAGAAAAAUCAGUUGGAGAAACAUGAGAGCACGGAGUGCCCUUUGCGGCUGAUUAAGUGUCAGUACUGUGAGCUGGAACUAGCAUUCAACAAGUCUCAAGAACAUGCUGAUUAUUGUGGAUCAAGAACUGAACUCUGUGCAGUUUGUGGUCGCAACAUUCUGGUUAAAGACUUAAACAUGCACCAUCUCACCUGUGGCAAAGAGAUGGAGGAAAAGAAUAACAACUGCAUGAAACCCAAGCCCGAAUAUCAUUUGGAAGAAAAUGUUGGAGUCUGGUUUGAAAACCAACCAUUUGGGAAUGUUAUUCAGAAUGAGGAGAACCAUAUUCGAGUGAGGCCAAGAAUUUCCAGACCAUUGGAAACUAAAUUUCAUGGGAACAGGGAGACAGGGUUUCCAAUGAGGAUGACAGAUAGGAGAAAUGUGCCAAUAAGAGGUAGAGACCAGAAUCGAGCCAGUGUUACAAGGACUGAAAAAAAUCAUGUGGCAGACCCAGUAGGUCCUGGACAUUUGGAUGCCAACUCUAAUCUAGACUAUCUGCUUGCUCUAAGUUUGCAAAAUGAAAACAGUGGUGGUGAAGGAUCAUUGACGCCAGUGUGGGAGGAUGUUCACUCGGAUUGUGGGUAUCCACACCCACAAAACCUUGUAGAUCUGUUUGAGAAUCGGCCAUCAUCUGAUCUGUUUCCAGCUUCUGUAAAUGUCCAUGAAGAAGUAGCAAAUGUCGCAAUGUUGCCUUGUGAAUUCUGUGAAGAACUUUUCCCUGAAGAAGAACUAAUUCUUCAUCAGACUGGCUGUAAUCCUGUAAGUGCCUUUGCAUCAUUCAGUAAAAAUACCACACUUAUACCACCACUGCCAUUGCAAAGGGUCUCCGUACCCAGGACAAAUGACAUAUUCUCCCAGCAUCAUCAUGUGAAUCCAGAAUACUUUUCUGAAGAUCUUUCCCUGCCAUCAUAUGGUCCGAUUGGAGGUUCAAGCCAUGGAGAUGUCAUGAUUCCUUGCGAGUUCUGUGGUAUAGCGUUGGAGGAAGAUGUGUUAUAUCAUCAUCAGGAUCAGUGUGAUUUGCGACCACCAACAGCAAGACCACCUGAUCAAGAAGCUGAUCAACCAUUCCCAGUUACUAAGACCGAGUCGAGAGAGAUUCUGGAUGUGCCCAUUCGGCGACAGAGACACCAGGGAGAUGUUGAACCUAACCACUCGGCUUAUAUCGACGACCUUGUCCAGCCAAGACCAGCAAUUAGAAAUUCAUUGAGAAUGAAGCCAACAGGAGCUACAGCAACAUUCAGACAGGGGAGUGGUGCCCAGAAAUCCAUAACAGGCCAAGAUACAGAGACCGUUGCUCCAAACAGCAGAAUGGCCAAGAUUCCCAACAGAGAGGCUUCUGAGCUGAGGAGGCGGGGCAGAAAACCUCUGGAAUUGUCAGGGGGUUCCCUUCGUCCUAUAGUAGAUGUUUUUCCAGAAGGCUACAAAUCUACUUUUCCACAGACACAUGCUGCUAGAGCCAGUAUGACAGCAGAAGGAUCUAGGAUUUCUAGGAAUACAAUGCCUGCUGCCUCCAGGAGCCGAGUUCAAGGAAUGAAGCAGAAUUUCCCGAAAACUAGGCCAGAAAAUGCUGGAAAGGAAGAGGAGUGACAAAAUGGGACUGAAUUAUACAUUUCAAAGCUGUCCAACUACUAAAUUAUCAUCAAUCCUAAACUCAGGACUUUUCUUUUCUUCCUAUGCAAAGAAAAUAUUUAUCUAAUUGUGUUUUAAGUGCUAUUGUGUUUUUAUUUCCUUUUAACUUGGUUUUCAUUGAUUUUUAUGCUACAUGGACUUGUAUAUUGUGAGCUCACUUUUGAGCCCUCUGCCACAUAAUAACUAAAAAAAGGUGAACAGAUGUUUAAGUUUGAAGGUUAAGAUGAAAAAUGCUGGAAAUGUCUGGCAGAUCAUUGCAACACCUGAGGAGAGGUAAUGUUUCAGGUUAGAACUACAAGGCUGGUGAUAGAAAAGUUUGUAUGAUGCAGAAGAAGUGGGAAGGGGAGAAAGAGUAAAAGGGAAAGUGUGUGAUGGAGUGGAAGACAUUAAAUGGGGCAAGGCAAACAAGGCUAUAUAGAGGCAAGAAACUGGAGAUGGGUCUGAAGAAAUGGGAAUAGCAGGAUUAUCUGCAAUUGUUGAACUCAAGUCUGGAAUGCUGUAAUUUGGCUACUUGGAUUUAUACUCCUUUGUGCACUGAAAGGAUCUUGGAGAUUAUUUUGUAAAUUUACAUAAGCAAAUGAGUGUCAGUUUGGGGAAGAAAACUCAAAGCUUAUUUAGCACAUCUCAUUCCAUUUUGACAGGACAUGCUGUGGAAACUCAGCAUUACCAAACAUUCCAAAGAUGUGGUUCUAAGUAAUCAAUUCAAUAGAAAAGGGCUAGUGAAAAGUUCAGCCAUCAGAAACAUCCCAACUUUUGAACACAUUUUGGAAGAGGUUUAGCAGUCUAGGAUUUUGGCUACAUCCUGAAAUUGUUUUUAGGAUUCAUGAUAUGUACAAUUAUCUUUUUUUUUGGUUAUUUUGGGGGAGUGUGUAAACCUCUGCAUUAUCAUUUUGUUUGAGUUUUUUCCUGCCCUGCUCUUUCAGACUGCUUGCUCAUUCUUCUGUGUAUAUCAUGCUCCAUUUCUGCACUUUUCUUGCUUUGCAACCUGCUUUUUCUGACUUCUUAUCCUGCAUUCAUUCUUUGUCUAUUUAACACUACAGCCUUCCUCAAAUACUAUGCAUUGAUCACCAGUUGUGAUCAGUACAGAUUUAUCGACGAACUAUCUUUGACAUUGUAAAAGCUUUAAUAUAUUGUGUAAUUUGAGAUUCCAUAUCCAGCAGCCUGCAGGCUGUAUGUUUUUAAAAUAUCUGAGAGUUGUUUCGGAAUUAGACUUGCACAGAUAGCAUUUAAAAUGUAAUAUGGGGAAAUAUAUUAGAAAUGCAUUUAUCUUUUCAAAAUAGAUUAUUUAGAACCUUGUACUAUGACUGUGAUUGCUGGAAGAAAUUAGUGUAUUUGGAAGUUUAGUAGUAGCAGUUUAGAAUGGGUUUAAAAACAAAACUGGACCAUCCAGCUACCCCCAUUCCCCCAACCCCACCUUUAGUUUUGCAUGGUUUGGGAGCUGAUAUUGUGCAGGAAAAGUUAUGUGGGGGUGGGGGCAGAGGAGGACCUGCAGGUCAGCAUUUUCAGUGAGAGCAAGUAAAUUUCAAGAUCUCUGGGGGAAAAAAAAAGUGGAAAAAUGCAGGCUUAAUUGUGGUGCUUAGCAAUGAGAAGAGUGAAAAGAAGUUAACCAAGUUCAUCGUGGUUCUUUGCAGCACUGGGAAGAUGCAUAUUCAAGAAAGGGUUUGAGGAAGGAGAAAAGAUCAGAUAAUUUUGUCCUUGCUUGUCUUGGGAAUAGCCUUGCCUAUUUGCAAAUAAGAAAUGUGUUCUAAUGGCAUGAGCCAUUUUAACACAAAGUUUAUAUAGGUCCAUAAAUAGAAAUGAAUUGCUCAUAAGUUAUUUGUGGUUAUACUGUAGAAUUGCUGUUUUGGGUGUAGUGUAAGCAUGUCUCUGUUGCAACCUGUUAAAUGUGUUGGAGUAAAUACAAUUAUUCAGUUAACCAAUUUGCUUUUUUUUUAAAAAAAGGACACCUCUUGCUUCCCAGAGUAGUAAUUCCCAUUAAAAUAACUGGUAACCAUUCUUAUUGUGGUCAGGCAAAAGGAGAUUUGUAAGCACUUCUUUUUAUAUUGAACUAGGAGAUCUUUAGAUUUAUAAAAUUGUCAUUGGAGGUGGAAGCUAUGCUUAAGGAAUGUGUGAAGAAUUUUUGUUCAGUUGGAAUCAGAUGUUAGUCUUCCUACUGAUUUCACAAAUGGGAAAAAUUGAAGGACAUUAAAACUUUGUACAUAAUCUAGUGGUUAAAUGUUCAUUCCAAACAUUGUUUUCAUGGUUUUAAGCAUCUUUGCUGGGAAUAUGUACUCAUUUCAAAAUGCAAGGUAUAUUCAGAAAUACUUCUGUUCAAACUAAAUAUUACAUAGUCCCAGUUUGACUGCCUCUUGCUGCUUGACCAUGUUUAAAUACUGGGGAGACCAUUGAAGUUGUGUUGCUUUUAAUUGGACUACAUUUUUUGUUCAUCAGAUUAGUCGAUUCACAGUAAGGUUGGAAAUUGCUUGUGCCCUAAAGACCUUACCAAUCCAUGCAGAAAACACCGGCAGUGGUGUGGUCUUAAGUUGCCAGCAGUAGAUAGCAACUGUUGUGGUUUAUUUUCCCUUUCUGAAAGGUUGUAACUCACUGUCUCAUUUCCUCUGUGCCUAUUAGUUCAUGAAGCAACCACUGUUUUUAUAUCCAUAUUGUAAUUAGGCUCACUUCUCAUGUGGUUAUUAGCUUGGACACCUUGCAAUAUGCUGCACAAAACUGUUUUCCUCCCCUCUUCACCUACCUCUAGUUUUCUUGAUUCUUAAGUACACCCUUCAGUAGAAUAACUGAUCAUCCACAUUAGGAGGUGGGGCUUUCCGGCUUGGAGUAGUGCAUUCCCUAGAGCAACUCAACUAGGAUCAAUUCCUUUUUGUUUAAAUUUAUACUAAUUGAAGGGGAAAACCUUAUUUGAUUUGUAUGGUUUUAACUCCCUGAAUAUUGUUAAUGAAGGAAAUGGUGGUGGUGAUAAUGUACACCCAUGAUUCCCAAAUGGGGAGUGGAGAAAUAAACAGUGCAGUAAUGAUCCUGGUUGAUGAAAUGUUGAGGAGAGCAGAGAACUUCCAGUCACUGGUAAGACUGCAGUUUAUUUUGGUGGCCCUCCUGAAUUUACCUCAUGACAGAUUUUUAAAAAAUUUACUCCACCAGCACUUUGAUCUUUACCACUAACAUUAAUCUCCCCCCAUUGCUGCUUUAAAACCUGAAACGCGCUCCAUAUGCUCUGCCUUAAUGUCCCCUGAAUUAGCUUAGGCAUGGAUAUGUUUGGCAGAACAGUACACAAUCACGUUACACAUUGUGUAGACUGAGCUUUAUGAUGAACUAUCCUUUUAAAUAGAUAAAGAUUCUCAUACCAUUGUAGUUUUUAUCAGCAGCACAUUUAACUGUGUGAAAUCUCAAGAUUUUUUAAAUUAGACAUGUAACUGUAUUGAUUUACAGUAUAAUAAAUGAGGUUAUGCUUAUGACUUGUGAAAUCUCUUGGGUGGAAAUGUAUAAUUGAAGUUCUGAUUAGCUUCAAGACAUGCAAGACCAAAUUUUCACUAAUGUAAUUAUAAGUGCCAAGUUGGACCAUGCAUUUUUGCCUAUGGUUAUAGUGAUUCCAUAGUGCCAUCCUAGCGUUGUCUGUCUUUUCAUGCUCCCUCCCCCUCCAGUUCUCUCCUUUUGCCAUUCAAUCAAUCAAUCAUACAAGAAAUCCUGCAAUAGCUUCCAAACUUUGCAGUGUUGAUUGCUGUUGUCUUUAGCACUCUGUUUCUAACCUAUUAGCCUGAUUCUCUCACCUGCACUACCCUAUUUAAGUCUUGGAUUUUGCUUCCUCCAUUGCUAUGUAAAAAUACUUGUUCCUUGCAAUGAAAACUUCAGAACAAAAUCUGUUUCAGCUCUUUAAUAUGAAUGUAAUUCCCAUUCAUACAUCACUGCUUUAAGUACCACUGCAGACAAGAUCAACAUUACAGAUGAUUUUAAGAUGCAUUCAUAAAUAAUUGCAAUAAAUAUACAUCAAUGACUGUACAGAGCACAUUAACACCUGUAUGUUGAUAUGUCUUUAAAAAUUAAACUUUAUCUGGCUGCUCUCAGUAAAAUGGAGCAGUUGUAGCAGCAGAUAACAUCACCACAGCCAGCACAUCACUCUAACAGGGCAGGAACAAAGAGCCAGAUCCACACAGGUAUCAGCAUAAACUGAAGACAAGGGCAAAUGAUUGUUCAAGCAACACUGAACUCCAUGAAAUUAUAGAAAACAAUUUCUGAUUUAAGCAUGGGAUUGAGUUGUCUCCUGUCAGUUUCUUUGAAAACAGGCCAGCCUCAAUCUGGAAUUUUCCUAUCAAAUGCAUUCAUGUCAGAGCAUUUUUUGAUUUUGGAAGUGAAGGGUUAAUGUUACAGGGGCACAACUCUUACAAUAAAAAGUAUUGGUAAAUAAAACCUUGUUCCUGUCGAUUCUCAGUCUAUUUAUCCCAAUCAGUUCAAUCUUGUUUCAUAGUUGACAUUCACCAACUAGUCCAGUGGAUACACUCAGCAUUUCACAGCAAUCUCAUUCCAGAAUCUGCAAUGUGUACUGUGUGUAUAAUUUAUGCAAAAACAAAAAAUAAACUAAGCACCAACACUUGCAGUGGAUCUCUACACUCUGUCUGCCAAACAACUAUGAUUACAACAAAACCUUCAUUCACUCAGUUAUUAAACAGGGCCUUCACUUAUAUACUUGCAGGCCAUCUGACCAUUGCACAGCAAAAGAUGAUAUACACUCUACACCCUAUAAUAGAUUACAUUACACUAUAUAUCCAGAAGCUGCAUAUUCCUCAAGCCUCCUACUAUGAGCUUUAAAACAAACAUCCUGCACUACAAAUAGCUGGAAUAAAUCCAGCAACAUUCAUGGCCCUUGAGACUAUUCCUGCUCUCUUGCCUCUCAGCCAUGUGCUCAAUAGCCAGUACCAACAGCUUUCUACAAACUGCCCAAGCAUUUGUGACUUCAGCUCUUAAUCCCAUAAAAGUGCUCCUGACUAAACCCAGAAUAGCUUUAAAAGGUAGUUUUAGUUCAAGUUUUAUAAGCAAUCUUGGUAAAUGUAUUAGGUUAGUGGGUAUUGCCUUAAAACAAAAUCCUUACUUUGUCAACCCCAUUUUCACAGCUCAAUUUUUUUUAUAAAGUACAAUGAGUGACUAUUACAAGGAAUACUGGGAUUAUUAGCCAGGAUAGAUUUGGAUUUACAAUAAUGCAUUUGAGGUUCCACACAGGCUUCUGCAUAACACAUGGCUCCCACCCCCUUUCGUAAACAUUAGGAACCCACCAGGACAAAAAGCUGCAAGAGGUCAUUGUUCUACCUUCCAACGCAACCCAAGGUCUUCUUGGCUACUGGAUCAAUGCACAUGUUUACCCAGUAAUAGUCUAUGAACUACAUUAAUGCAAAAUUAAAACAUUGUUUCAAGCAGCCAUGAAUUUAAGCCCACAUUUGGGGCAGAAGAACUUAAAUAUUUUUAAUACAUAAAAUUGAAGUGUAGUUAGCCAACACCACACAUGGACUGCUGCACAUACAUCACAUUGCCAAAUUCAAUGUUAAUACACCUUUCCUCUAUACAGGUCAUCAUCUCAAAUAUGAGAAAGCAUUCAGAAAUUCAAAGAAUUCUAAUUCAGAACUAAAUUUAUGACCUCUACAGGAAAUAUUCUUCAUUUAAAUGUAUUAAUGCUGAUCCCUUUUUCUUAAUCAGAUAGCAGUAAAUUCUCCCAACCAUUUAGAAAUGCAAAGAGGGGUACCUCAGCUCUGGUUCCUAUCAAUUUUAAUGUCUAUUUCUUGGUCCAUGCAGAUUACCUGAUUUGAUUCUGCUAGCUGUUUUCACUCCUGAUGAUGUGCUUUCUAUCUCUCCCCAACUCCCCUCUUUCAAAUCUCAAACACAACUAAAUGACUAGGAUGAAAGCAUUGGGAAUGAUGAGCAACAAUACCAAAUCAUGACACCAGCUCAAUGUCACCUCAAGUAGCACAGUUGUCAAUGUGCCCUACAACAAUUGGCACCAAGGGUAACAGUUACAAUACAGUUAACCAAGCUACUGCUCACUGAGUUCUGAAACUUUCAUGCAUAAUUAUUAAACAGUAUAAAAGAUCAUUUCAAAAUGGCCUCAAAGUAAAACUUGAGAAGCUUACCAAGUCGUACUGAAUCAGGAUAAAAUUGAAGGAUAGAAAUUUGUGUGUACUGGACUGUGGUGAAGAUUUGUAUGUAACUCAGGCUAUUUUCAAAGCAAAUAUCAAAUCAAAGCCACAGCAGGAUUGUUUUAUCUUUCAUUAAUUGGAGUUCAUGCUGCUGCUUGGAGAGUGAAUUUAAUAAAGAAGUUCAAAAGGCAACUGGAUUUGAUUUAGGGUUUAUAAUGCAUGCUCCAAUCUGUGUUGCAAGCCAGCUUCAACUCUGCUGAAUGCAGACACCAGGGAAUGAAAACAAAAUUAAUUCUAGGCCACACUCACAUCUUAGUCAUCUGUUAAUACGACAGAGUCCCAGGGAGUAACAGUCUGAUUUUCUAUCCAGCCAGCGCAGGAUGUAGUUUGAAAGGCUAACUUGUGGAUAAACAAAAGUGGUGAGCCAAAUCCACCAACUGUGCAUCAGCAACUGGUCCCUUGAUGCAAAAUUAAAUUUCUGGGUAACUGUCACAGUACUACCUACUCCAAAUCUCGUUACCAGGUUCCGCUGAAUUGAUCCAUCUCAGGCUGUUCAUAAGUAGAAAAUAAAUAUCUAAUAAAUUCCUCCAGCCCAGCUCUGAUCCAAGGCUCCUAGUUCUACUUCAGGCUACUUUAAGACCAUUGAAAAUAGGGAACCAAACGAGAAAACAUUUGUACCCAAGGAUAUAGUCAGUGUGACAGAAUCCAUCAAAAUGAAGCAAGGACAGUUGAGAGAGACUUGAUGAUAAAGUGUGGUCAUGUGCUGAUCCAAUAUACCAGAAGUACACACCGUUGGGGGGGGAGGGGGAAGGUGAAAAGGCAAGGCAGCCAGGGUCACAUGAUUCGUACUUAUCCACCUAUAACUAAAGUUUCUUAGCAGGUAGGUAGAGAUAAGCCUUCCUGUACACCAAUCACAACAUAUUAACUUUGGAGCAUUUCAAUUCUGUUGCACACCAAUGUGCAUGUGAUUUAUUUGACAUUUUAGAAGCCAAACUUGAUCCUGAAUGUUGGCACCUUCCGUGUAAUUUGCACAAGGAAAAGCAAUCACUUUUCUUUCUGUCAUGACAAAGGAUAAAAUUGUGCUCCAAAGUUAAGAUCACAAGUAUAAAACAGUUAUCCUACAAUCAACUAAUAUCCUGUUUGAACACAAGUGUUUGCGUUUUAAAGUUACAAUAACGUACACUGCUGUUGUGGUGAAAGCACCGUACGCUCUUGGAAUAGCUGCUUAACAAGACAGCAACACACCGUUUUUAGUCCAUCAAUAGAAAUGGAAAUUUACAAAAAGAAAGUUUGCACCAGCGUGGAAGCAUUUUGCUCGUGGCACAUUCAGUUUGAACUGCUCCCGACCAUGGCUCGGAUUCCAUCCGUACUUCCACCCCAAUUCCUUUCUUUCUUAAAAGCAGGGUUAAGGAGGUUCUCGGGCAUCACCAUAUGUUGUGAAAGGAUGUGGGAAUUCUAGG